CUUCCGGUGCGCGCUGCAUUGUGGGUCAGUGGUAGCCGGGAUGGUGGGGGAGGUGGAAGAGGCCGAGUUUCCCGAGCGGUUCCGCUCCUACUCGGAGAACGAGAGGCACUGGCGGGCCCGCCGCGAGUUCAUCCUGCGGAACCUACCCCCAGACUGGGCGGGGGAAGCGCCACGGCCCGCCGGCCGCAUCGACCAAUUGCUCUCGCUCUCCAUGGUGUGGGCCAACCACCUCUUCCUGGGCUGCAGUUACAGCAAAGACCUUUUAGACAAGGUAAUAGAAAUGGCUGAAGGGAUUGAAGUUGAAGAUGUACCACAGUUUACUACGCGUGAUGAAAUAAUGAAAAAGCAUCAACAUUAGUACCUGUGAAGAAGAGGUCUCAAAUUUUUGUCAUGAUACAAGAUCAGUUUAUGUGGAGGGGACCCAGUGUUAAUUGAACAUACUGUUUCUAAAAGGACUCCCUAUGCUCUACCCUUAGGGAAAGGAUUUUUUAAAAAACUUUGUGUCAUUAUGAUAAUGGAUAUCCACUUCCAAAGCUUUUUAAAAUGAGAUAAUCAGGUUUUUAAACAAUUUUUACAACUCAUUGAUUCAUAGAACAAAGAAAAAGAUAUGAUGGACUGUAUUUUCCCCUUUCACAUGAAGACAGGGAAGAGUAAUAACUCCCAGAAAAGAGGGGAGAGGGGCUGGGGAGCUGCAGCAUCCCCUCUUCUGUUUGAGUACAAUUCUGUCUAAUGGCCAGUGAGUCCAGUUGAGGAUGAGAGGCCAUGGGGAAUACUUGCCUCAAAGCACACACCCACUUAGGAAAGCAGGGGCUUACACUUCACUCACAGCUGAAAGUAAGGGGAUGUUAUAAGGCUGUUUUGACCAUUGACUAAUAUUGUUGUUACCCAGGUUUCUUUCUGUGUAACAGGGGAAAGGGAGGGCAUGGUGCACAAAGUGGUCAUUACUCUGCUCUUCCCUUUCUGUAUGCAACUUAGAUGAGUCUGUGGUGAUGAUAAAUGUCCCAAUUAGCUGAUUUUCCCCUUUGCAUGCUUGCAUCGCUCUUCCCCAGAGUUUCUCUCUACUGCAGGGAACCAUAGGAAUCUAAAAGUAACACAGAAUAUUCUCUCUUUUGAAAGUCUUUAUUUUUAAGUGUUUUAUGCCACAUUUUUGAAGUCUUUAGAAGGCCUAAUAACUAUGUCCAUUCAGUCACUGGAAUGAACAUUUCAAUCAUGAAAUCUGGAUAACUGUCUUGAUUUUUAGCAAUAAAAUCAUGUUCCUUUCCUGUAAAGUGAAUUCCCUCUCUUGAAGCUUUAUAUAGAUAAAACAUAUCUACUGCUGUUCUGGCAGGAUCUGAUCCAAAGCCCAUUGGAAUCAAGGCCCCAGAAUGCUUUAAAUUAGUAAUCUUCCAAAUGAAUAACAAUUGCCAUAGAUUUGUUUACAUGUAUCUUGUAAUCUCUGGGAAAUGUCAGGGGAAAUGCUGAAGGUUUCAUCUGAACAGAGGCUUAAAUAGCAUAAGUGCCAGACAGUAAUCAGAUCAGUUACCAAAAGCAUUGCUUCCACUGAUAAAUUACCUCUCUGGGAAGCCCCUUCUAAUCACCAUGGAGUUACAGUAGCCAUUUCAUAAAUGAGGUCAAGAUCCUUUGUGAUCUGGACCUAAACAUGGGUUUUGUGCUACAGCAGACUGAACAUUCUGCAGUAGCUUUAUUUACAUUUAAAACUGAAUGAAUGUUUUAUUGUAUUAAAUAUAAAAAUGAAUACAAUCAGUACAGUAGCUUGCGUUCUUUUGAUAUUCAAUUUAUUUUGUCUGUCCCUGCAUUUUCAGUAUACUACAGACUGCACUGACCAAUCUAUAAUUGUAUCAUAGAAGUAAUGGGAAGCUGGAGGAUUUUGCAUGUUGGGGUAGGGAGCGUUAGGGCUUUUAAAAUCUAGAUACGCAAAAGGAGGCAGUUUGGGGAUUCUGGGAUCAGCACAUUAGCUAAACUGUUCUGCUCAUUUGAUUAGCAGUUAGCUGCUGACAUUUAAAUUUAUUAGUAGUUUUCAGAGCCAACACCCCACUGACAUAAAUGAGAAUUCAAACUUCAUGUUCAGGCUGCCUGAAGACUUGGGAAGACAAUACAUCAGUUUAUACAGAGUACAUGGGUAUUGGUGUUAGUAGCACCAAUUCUACAUAGAAUAACUGUUGUUAUUGCCAAUGUUUUUUCAAACUCAUGUUUUAAAUCAACACACACAGUUACAAAAUGCAUAUUUAAAAGAAAAGUUCAAGUCCUAGCUCCACUACCCCCUAUAUCUGAGCUUCUUUGUCUAGGGACUUCAUGCAAAUGUAUUGGACUUGAGUCAGCAUAGUGUGAGGCAGCUGAUGAGGCUGGACUCUGUAGUCCAUGUUCACAAAGGUUGUGCUGGGCUGAGAGAAAGGAAGGAUGACAUUGUGACUGAAGCACAGAUCUUGAAGUCAGGAGAUCCAGGUUGCCAUGUAGCACUAGGUAAAGUCACUACCUGUCUCUUACAGAUUGGGAAACAGACUCAAAUGGAGAUAGUACUUGCUCAUCUGACAAGGGGAUCGUGAUGGUUAAUUCAUUAAUGUUUGUAAAGUGCUUUGAGAUUCUCCAAUGGAAGGUGUGGUAACAGUAUAAAAUAUUCUAUAUUAGAAUUUGGUUGUGUAGGGUCCAGUUUCCUUGUGGGGAAGGGACAGAUCACUGGCUUGGGGUUGUUCUGUGGCUUGGGAGAGGGAGGACAGAUGACCUAGAGCCUGUUGGUUCUAAAGGUUACAAAAUCUCUCAAAUUUGCUGACACCUUGUACCCUAAGUCUGAGUUUGAGGUAUUUUUCAGCUGUGUUAAAUACACAGUUUUUGGAUAGCAAACUUUCAACUCAACUAGGGUGUCAUGAUUUGCCAGUAUUAACCAGACAUUUUAGAAGGAUAUGUUGUGCUUUUUUGAUUUCCAGCUGUUGCUCUGAAUGUGCUUUAGACAUUAGCUCAUUAAGCUACUUGGUCUGAGGGGAUUAAGUGACUUGAUCAAGGUCUCAAGAUUUGUUGACAUUUAAACCACUACAGUGGCACCACAGCAGCGCAUCAGUGUAGACACUACCUAUGUUGAUAGGAGUUCUGUUGGCAUAAAUUAUCCAUGUCCCAGAGGGGUGGUAGCUAGGUAGAUGGAAGAAUUCUUCUGUUGACCUAACACUGGCUACACGGGGGGUUAGGGUGGCAUAGAUAUGUCUGUCACAGGUGUAGAUUUUUCACACCCCUGAGAGAGAGAGAGCUAUGCUGCUGUAAGUUCCUGGUGUAGACCAAGAAUCAGAGAGGGCCAGUAUCAAAGCUGGAAACAGAACCCAGAUCUACUGACUCCCAGUCUUGUGUUCUUAAUGCAGUAGUUGACAUACAUAUGAUGCUCUUGCAUUUAUAACAUUGCAUCAAAGUCAUGGUGUAAGUGAAGGUCCUAUUGAAACAAUGUAGGAAAUGUUAAAAUGCUGAGUGGAACAACCUUUUGAUUUUAUCUAUUUUGUGAAGGGACAGGUACCCUCCCCUCCCCUCCCCCCAGUUGUAACAGGAACAAAACCAGUAGGAAGUGAUGAACAUCUUCCUAUUGUGUUUAAGAAUCUGCUCAAUGUCAAGACAAUAGGGAAGCAGGGGCUAGUGGGAAUAAAACGGCUGUGACCUAAAAUGAAAAAAAAAUUCUAGUCAUUAGUGAAGAAGCAUUUACAAACUUCAAAUCUCCAAUGAAUGGAAAUGUCAUUAGCCCCUCCAUGGGUCGUUACCAGGCCCUCUUUAUACUACUCAUCACCUCUGUUUAAUACAGCAGUGCUCAGCUGGGUGUAAUCAUAAACAGUAGGUUUGGUUUAUUAAGAUUUACUAGAGUUCCAAGAAUGCUUUGAAUAAUUUGAAUGAGCUACCAGCUUCAACUUAUGAGGGUAUCACAGGGACAAUAAAAGGAAAAUCCGUAAUAUAUAGCAGAGAACUGCUGUUCUGGCCAACUGCUAACCACACUUGGAUGAAAUACUGAGCUGUAAAACAUGUUUAAAAUGCACUCUGAAAAAGCAUGCAUACCUCUUAAAUUAGUUUAUUGCAGCUUACUUUCGGGAGUUUCUAUACUUAUUAACUAGAGCUGGUUUUCAGCCUCUCAGCUCUGUUUCGACAGCAGAAUUCUUCCCUUUGUAUCAUGUUCUCUCUCAAAACUGGGCAGACAGCAAAAGCUUAAAGUUGCAUUAUAAAGAAACAGCUUCAGUUUCUUUUACAAUGCCACUUUUCUGAGCAAAGGUUACACUGAGCUGCUCUAUGUGCCUAAACUCUGCUUAAGACACUGUAAAUGUAUUGCAUUGUGCCAGUAGUUUCCAGAAGUUAAAGUAAAUGUGAACACUGAUAUCCCCUCAUACAGCAGCUAACAGUGUGUAGUAUCACACCUGUUGUGCACUGACCAGAACGUUAAGGCUGCUGUACUAAUUCCUCUGGUUGCCCUGUUAGGGAAGCUGGUCCUCCCAUUUGUUACUAAAGGUCCACAGUUCUAUUUCUAAAGCUGUACGUAGCCUGUUUGUUAAUGACUGUGGAGGCUGGGUUGGACCACAGAUCACUGCAAGUUCAAUACACAUUACGUGAAAUGUUUUAUUAAGUGGAAGCUAGUCAAGAACAGCGAUUGACUGAACAUCACUGAAAGCUUUUCGUAAUAUGAAUGUACAAAAUCUCUUGAAAGUAUUUAGUACAACUAAUGAAUAAGUUUGGCCAAUGAGUUAUGACAUCAAAUGAAAUACUCAAAUACUUUUCCAUUAACACAGUAUCAUUUAUAAAACCUUAGAAGUUGGAAACAUCUUUAAAAAAAUCUCACAUUUGACUUUUAAAACAAAAUUUAAAGCUAAUUUUCAAACUUGGGUGUCUAUACUUAGGUGAAGAUGGUCAAAAGUGAGUAGUGAUUUUUGGGUGUUUAACUUUAAAAAUGUUUAUUAAGAGUUGAGAACCUCCCCUCUGAAAUUCAGGUCCUUCAAAGUGCCUUGAGUUGGGCUAUUCAAAAUAAACUAGUCACUUCUAAAAAUCUAGGCACCCUACAUAAAAGUGGCUCUGCACUGAAGUCAGUAUGUUGUGGGUGCUCAGCCCUCUUUAAAAAACAACAACAAAAGAAGAGGUGACUUAAGUAUGUCAAAUUUAGACAUCAUGCUUUUAAAGUUUUAAGUGAGCAAACAGGAGUAUCUUUCACAUUUCUAGAAGCAGGGACAUUUAUGCAGCCCUUUGUUUUCACCAGCAUAACUGAUUAACCCAUUUCUGGGACCAGUGUUGGGCCUUGUUGAGGGUGGCAGCUUAGACCCAAAAGAGGAAAAUCUUCUCUUUGGCAGUUU